CCAUAGGGGUGUAUUCUGAGGAUUCAAAUUGUAAUUAUAAAUCUAAUUUUAUAAAGGCGAACUUGCUGGUGAAAAUCUGAUAACUUUGUUGGCAGUACUAGAUGGGUUUAUUUUGACCUGGGCCUGCGCGUAACAUUGUAAUCACGCGGAACAAAAAGGAAGACGCUUUUGGUUUCGGGUAGGAAGCGUAAAAGUGACGGACACAGGAAGUGUUUCGUCGUCUUUCUGUGUUGGUUUCGGACGGACGACUUUUUUUAACCAAGGGUUUCGUCGUCAUGGCGUUUAAAUAGACGCCAGCGUUACUAGUAUUAUAAUACCUUUAAGUGGCUAACGUUAAACAUGCCGAAGGUCGUGUCUAGAAGCGUUGUGUGCUCGGACACCAGAGACCGAGAGGAGUACGACGACGGAGAAAAGCCUCUUCACGUCUACUACUGCCUGUGCGGUCAGAUGGUUCUGGUGUUGGACUGCCAGCUGGAGAAGCUACCCAUGAGGCCCCGGGACCGGGCCAGGGUCAUCGAUGCGGCCAAACACGCCCACAAGUUCUGCAACGUGGAGCAGGACGAAAACGCGUACCUGAAGAGGGCCGAGGGCAUCGAGAGGCAGUACCGCAAGAAAUGCGGCAAGUGCGGCCUGCUGCUCUUCUACCAGCACCAGUCGAAGAACAGCCCGGCCACCUUCAUCGUGGACGGAGCCGUGGUCAAGUUCGGCCAGGGCUUCGGCAACACCAGCGUCUACAGCCAGAAGCAGCCGGAGGCUCCGAAGAAGGUCCGCGUGAUGAUGACCAAGCGGACCAAAGACAUGGGCAAGUUCAGCUCCGUCACAGUGUCCACCAUCGACGAGGAGGAGGAGGAGAUCGAGGCCAGGGAGGUGGCGGACUCGUACGCCCAGAACGCCAAAGUCAUCGAGAAGCAGCUGGAGAGGAAGGGCAUGAGCAAGAGGAGGCUGCAGGAGCUGGCUGAGCUGGAGGCCAAGAAGGCGAAGAUGAAGGGCACGCUUAUCGAUAAUCAGUUCAAGUAGAGGAGACUCAAUGAGGGACACACUGUGAUACAAAAGUUCCCUCUGGAGCAGUGGUGUACUCUAAUGUAUCCUAGUGGGUAUACUGUACUAUAUAUUGGCCAGAAUCUGCCUUUGGGGGAGGGAGGUCUUCUAUCAUAGUGGGGGGAUCUGGGUGUCCUCCCCCAGGGAAGUUUUGAGAAUCAACAACUUAAUUUCCUGUAUUCGGAUACACUUUUAUGCACCAUUUCACCCUUUAUUUAGCCUAUGUGAAGAACAAAAACACAGAUGGCAGUUCAAAAUAUAUCUAAAAUAUGAUGGAAAUUAUGUUGUUGUGGGUCAUGGAAAUCCUGGAGCUUUCUUAGUGGGUAUACUGCGUAUACCUGCGUAUCACAUAGACUACACCACUGCUCUGGAGAUCCUCUUCCACAGUAGACCCAAUUACUAUGUUUCCUGUACUGGCCAGUAGUUUGUCAGCCAGUACUGGACAGUACUAGGGGACAAUAUUUGGACAUAUCCGUAAUACAGGACUGAUGAUUUGUCUAGAUGUUGCAUAUUAAGAUGGUGAUCUGGUGGUGAGGUUGGAAAACUUUUUUUUUUUUACGUCUGUUUAAAAUGUUAUUUUGUACAAAACUUAAAAAUUAAAAGACCAAAUGAACAUGUUUGGUAUUUUUUAAGCA